UGGUAUUAAUUUUAGACGCGUUCUCAUGGUGUCAUGGCAUCUGCGUUGUCGCUGCCGGCUGUUGUGUUGUGCGUGAGGUCAAUCGAUAAGUCGCUUAUUAUUUUCGUGUUUUAUAAUAAACAAAACACACUUAACAAAAUGACUAAUUCAGCUAUUUCGGAUCAAUCACUCAUGGAUAAGUCUAUGCGAAGUGUUUUCGUCGGGAACAUCCCGUACGAGGCCACAGAAGAGAAUUUAAAAGACAUAUUUAGCGAGGUUGGACCAGUUUUAUCAUUCAAACUUGUGUUUGAUCGUGAAACUGGUAAACCAAAAGGUUAUGGAUUCUGCGAGUACAAAGAUCAGGAAACAGCACUUAGUGCCAUGAGAAAUUUAAAUGGUUAUGAAAUAGGAGGUAGAACACUAAGAGUAGACAAUGCUUGUACAGAGAAGAGCAGAAUGGAGAUGCAAAGUCUGCUGCAAGGUCAAAACACAGAGAAUCCAUAUGGAGAAGUCGUGCAAGCAGACAAAGCACCAGAAGCAAUUAGCAAGGCAGUUGCUUCUUUACCACCGGAACAAAUGUUCGAGCUCAUGAAACAGAUGAAACUAUGUGUUCAAAAUAAUCCUAAUGAAGCAAGGCAAAUGCUGCUUCAAAAUCCUCAGUUAGCUUAUGCUCUUCUUCAAGCACAAGUCGUCAUGAGAAUUGUUGACCCUCACACAGCUGUCAGUAUGCUACAUAAGGCUAAUCCAAUCCCAGGAGUCUUGGUGCCACAGGAGAAACCUCCAGUUAUCAACGUACCUCCUCCACGUAUCGAAGAACCUUGGGCCACAUCAAGACCACCACCCAUGGCCAAUAACCCACCACCUACUAUUUUUGCUGGACAAGACAUUGAUUUAAGGACUUUAGAUAGACAAGUAGACCCCAGAAUGGCUAGGAUGGACCAAGAUUUGAGGGGACCACCACCGACUACCACAGCAUUGCCUCCACCUCCCAUUCCAGCUAUCGUAGCUGCUUCAUCUGAUCCAAGAACUGUUAAUGCAUUCAAUAUGUCUGAAUCUGUUCUACCAAUGGAAGGGAUUGACAGCUUUGGCAGAGAUCCACGAACUGAUCGAUUUCCACGUGAUCCAAGGGACCCACGAGAUCCUAGGAAUGUACCAUCCGUCGACCCGAGAAUGGCGGCCAAACCAAAUGCACCGACGAUUAUACCUACAGCAGCAGCUAUUAACACAACUGCAGGCGCUGGAAUUACAAAUAGUAGCGCAAGGUUGAUGGCUGGAAUGUCGUCAGCCGGAAACAUACCCAGUGGUGCCACAGACCAAGAGAAGGCUGCUCUCAUAAUGCAAGUGCUUCAACUAUCAGACGAGCAAAUUGCAAUGUUACCUCCAGAACAGAGACAAAGUAUUUUAGUUUUAAAAGAACAAAUAGCUAAAAGUACACAGCGCUAACUUUCAAUAUAUAUAUAUACUUAUACGUAUCCUAACGAUAAUUUUUAAUUACUGUUCGUGAAGCUAUAAACCACAAGUGUAAUUAAAAUACUUUUGAAGAUUUAGCUUGAAAUUUUGUAAUGGCUCAACAAUUUGAAAGCCAAAUAGAGAGAGAGUGAAAGAGAGAGGGAGAGAGAGAGAAAAUAAGAAAGAAAGUUAUUGUGGAAACGUGAUUAUUUUAUUAAUGACGUGUAUUAUUUUAUUAAUAAUUGUAAGUUAUAGUUGAGUUAUACACUCAGAAGAUCGCUAUAAAAAUUGCGCACUGGUUCUUAAAUUUGGAUGCUCAUAAUUCAAAAAGUAGUAUAUUAUAACUAUUUUAAAAAUUUUCUUUUGUAAAGACACUUAGAUUGACGUACAAAUUUUUUUACUACUCGGAUAACUAAACUCUGUAUAAUUUAAUUGAGACUGAAUUGAAAAACAUUAUAUCCAACUAAUGAUUUUUCACAACUGAUUAUUGUUAAAUAAAUUUUCAUGAAAAAUAUAUUUGAAGCAAAAAAUUUAUUUUGUAUCUUU